AUGAGAGUUGCAUCGAUGCAAUGCACGCCGAACUUCUUAAAGGCAAUUAUGUGCUUUGAGAAUCUGGGUCUGUUCGUUGAGCUCGACUGUGGUUUACAAGAGUUCCUCCACUUCUUCAAGAUGAGAGACAUGCUAGUAGUCAACGGUGACUGGGAAAGCGAUGAGGACCUUAAGAUUCUGAUUGCCUUAUGCCCUGGUAAGUCUUCAUGCUUUGACUGGUGGUUGUUGAGUCCACUUAGGCUCGAAGAAGGAGGUCUUCCCUCUGUUGAUAACAUAAUGUGGUGGAAAAGGAAUGCUCAUGCUUUACAAGAUGAUGACGUCGUGAUUGAGGUGUCUUCUAUUGAGGACUAUGGGAAGAGGAAUGAGACUAAGGUGUCUUUGCACCCUGAUUAG